AUGGGCUCGGGGCCGGACGAGUUGUUCGCACUGAAGGAGUUGUCGUGCCUGGCUGUGGAUGAUGAUGAUGAUGAUGAUGAUGAUGAUGAGAGGCGGGCUCACGACGCUCUCUGCAAUUUCUUCACGGCCGCCGGCGGCUGGGAGGUGAAGCCUCGCUACCACCUGGACACAGCCUUCAGGGCGGACUAGGGCCCGGCGGGAGGCCUCGUCGUCGGUGUCCUGUGCGAGUACGACGCCCUGCCCGAGGUUGGUCACGCCUGUGGACACAACCUGAUCGCCGAGGUCGGUGCUGCUGCUUCCCUAGGGCUGAAGGCGGCUCUGGAGACGAUGCCUGAUCUGAAAGUUGAGGUUUCAGUGAUUGGUACCCCAGCUGAAGAAGAUCGUGGAGGAAAAAUUGAUCUCAUUGAAGUGGAUGUAUUUAAUGAUCUGGAUAUGGUACUCAUGGCCCACCCUUCACAACAAGAUGUUUCUUACCUGCCAAGUGUUGCUUUGAGUGAGAUCAUUGUAAAGUAUUUUGGAAAAGCCACUCAUGCUGCUGGUUAUCCCUGGGAAGGAUUAAAUGCAUUAGAUGCUGCAGUUUUGGCUUACAACAACUUGUCAGUAUUAAGGCAACAGCUAAAACCCAAUUGGCAACUUCAUGGUAUUAUUAAACAUGGAGGAUUAAAGUCAAAUAUUAUUCCAUCGUACACGGAGCUGGUAUGUUGUCUACGCACUCCAAAGUACAAAGACCUGCAUAUACUACGUGAGAAAGCAACACAGUGUUUCAAAGCUGCUGGCUUGGCAACAGGAUGCAAGGUUGAGCUGGAAUUUAUGAAGACAGAAUUUUAUAAUGUGGUUCCAAAUGAGACACUCCAAAAUCUGUAUGAAGUGAAUGGCAGAAGUCUUGGCAUGAAAUUUUCAACUGGUGAAGUUUUGAACACACUAUUUGGUUCCACAGAUUUUGGUAAUGUUUCUUUUCUAGUUCCUGGAAUUCACCCUUACUUUUACAUUGGCUCCUCUGCUUUGAAUCAUUCAAAGGAAUACACUGAAGCAGCUGGAUCUAAGGAAGCACAGUUCUAUACAUUGCGCACAGCAACGGCCUUGGCAAUGACUGCAUUGGAUGUUGUGCUAAACCCAGAUCUGCUGCAACAGAUGAAGGAAGAUUUUGAAAAGCUUAAGUUACAUGAAAUAAUAGAUAGGCUUUAAACAAUACAAUUGUUGUUUAAUGGAGAUCAAAAUAACUGCUAAAUGAUUACAUAAUUUUUUAAUUAUGAUUUUAUUCUAACUUGAAAAAGGUAUUGUAAAAUUGGUUCUGUACAGAAUAAUUUUGUAGUUUUCUAGUCACAAUGUGAAAAAUAAUUUAAAAUCUUAAUUUAUAGUAAUAAGUAGCCAAUGAGUCUCAUCCAAGCAAUACUUCUGUAUGAAUUUUAGAAAUGUUUCUUUGUGCAAAAUAUUUGUAUUUUACACCUCUAAUUUAGCAUGAACAGGGAGAAUUAUGUUUGCUUACAUAGGGGAGGCAGUGGUCUAGUGGUAUUAUUGCUGGACUAUUAAUCCAGACACCCAAGAAAUGUUCUGGGCACUCUGGUUUGAAUCCCACCUUUGCAGAUGUUUGAAUUUAAUAAAAAAUACUUUCGAAUAAAGAGUGUAAUGAUGAACAUGAAUCCAUUGUUGAUUGUAGGAAAAACCCAACUGGUUCACUAGUGUCCUUUUAGGGAAGGAAAUUGCCAUUCUUAUCUGGUCUGGCCUACAUGUGACUCCAGACCCACAGCAAUGUGGUUGAUUCUUAACUCAAUUAGGGAUGAACAAUAAAUGUUGGCCUAGCCAGUGAUGCCCUCAUUCCAUCAACGAAUAAAAAAAGUUAUUGAAAACA